AUUAAAAUUAAAAUUUUAUAUUUUUAUUGAUAUAAGACAUUGUGUUUUUUUUUAAAGAAUGGAAGCGUGAUUCCAAAAUGGAAUCGUAAGCUUCCAACGUGUUUUUAAAGAGAAUAUUUUAGAAGCGUUUUGGAAGCGAGAUUCCGUAAGCUUCCACAAGGUUCCGAUUCCGAUUCCGGUUCCGAAGCGGGAAGCGUACGUCCGAUGAAACUUCCGUGCAACGUAAGCCAAUGAUGGGCAUUGGCUUCUAAAUCUAAUGGGAUUAUUAUAAGGGAGAAUUUGGUGUAUAUACAUAAGAAAACAUAAAAUAAAAAAUAUAACCAUACUACAGUAAUUACUAUUUGAUGGGACAAAUUGGUACAUUUUUUACUUUAUUUUUUUUAGGAGCAUGUGUCACGUACAUUUAACAUAAUAAACAUAUUAUACCGUAUUAUGUAUAUUAAGUAAAUAGUAUAAAAAAAUACAGAAAAUAUUCAAAACUAACAUGCAUUUGAAGAGGAGGAGGAGGAGGAGCAAGGGAAGAAGAGGAGAGGAAGAGGAGGAGGUGGAGGGAGAAGGAGGGAUGAGAAGUAAGAGCAAGGGCAUGAGAGAGGAAGAAGAAGAGGAGGGAGGAGGAAGGAGGUGUAGGGAGAACCGGAGAAGGAAGGAGGUAGAAGAGGAGGAGGGAGCUCCAAAAAAUUAUACUAUUUACGUAAAUAGAAUAGUAUACUACUAUAAGUAUUAGUAACACAUUGUUUUAAAUACGUUUAAUUAAAUGUAUUAUUUUAUUUUAAUAAAUAGUAUAGUAUAAUUUUUGUCCGAUAUUGUUUAAAAAUCUGUUUUAAAAAUUUUAAGUCAUGCCAUAUGUAAAAAAAAUAUGUAUAUCUUUAGUAACAUAAUUAUUUGGUUGAAUUAUAUUUAUUUUUAAAGACAUACAUCAAUAAAAUUGGAGGGGGAAAAGAAUAAAAAAGACAAAGAAAAAAAGAAAAUGAAAAAAAACAAAAGAAAAAUGAUAAUCAAUGGUUGAGAUUGUUCAAAGGGUAAAAUAAGUAAUAUUACAUAAAAUACACAUAAUACUCUAGCCUAAUUGUUGUUAUGGACAUACACUUUAUUUCUUUUUUUGUUAUGUACAUGUGCCCUAAUUUCCCUUAUUAUAACCCAUUUUGAGAUUCAGAUUUAUGGGGACCGGGUUCGGGUCAAAAUUGGUUAUUUCUAUUUUCACAGCAAUCUUCUCCAAUUGGAUUACAAGAAGCAAAUAUAUGUCCAAUAGAUAAUUUGUUUUUUAACAACAAGUCUAAUAUAUAAUUUAAAUAAGUAAAACGUGAAAAUGUUAUAAAACAUUUUGAAAUAUAGCAAAAGAAAAUUAAAUAAAGACCCUAAUGUGAUCACAAUUAAAUCCACCAAUCAUGGCAACAAUUAAAACUUUGACUAAUAAAUAUAAAUAUUUUUGAACAAGAAGUUUGACUGAUAUUUAUUUUGAUUUACUGUAGAACUUUGACUGAUUUAAUUGAAAGAAAGCGUUCAUCACGGUCUCAUGACUAUAAAUAGAGACUACUGCAUCAUAAGUUUAACUCAUUCAUAAACAUAAAGAAGAAAAAAAUAAGAAGAAAGUAUACAAAUUUAGCACAAAAAAAAAAGAAUACACAAGAAAAAUGGGGAAAGUAAUGAGCAUGGUGUGGAUAAUGAUGAUACUAGCCGUCGUAAUUGUCAUAGAAGGUGAAGCAAAAUCGGAAAUAGAAUGCAGUAAGAUCUGUCGUGACCAUUGCAAGCGCUCUUCGCCAGCGUCAGAAUGUGCAGCUUGUCGUACAGAAUGUUACAAGUCUCCACCAGUUGCAAUGAGAGGCAGGAACCGUCGCAUGGUUCCGGAAGUACACAUACAACAAUAGAUCAAACUACAAUAACAAAUAAUAAGAAUCGAUUUAUUUUUAUACAUAUAAAUUAUAGGAUGACUCAAACCCUAUUAAUAAAUAAAAAUAAAAUAUUAACUCUUGUUACAAUAUAAUUUCAUAUAUAUCCAUGAAACUUAAGAAUAUUAUUGUUAUAUUCAUUUAUGUAAUUUUGAAUCAAAUAUUUUAGUUUAUUUUUAUUUAGUUCUAAUCAUAAUAUAUAUUAUGUUAUACACAAUCUUACUAAAAUAUAUUUACAUAUCUAAGAAAAUAAACAAUUUAAAUACAAAUAAGAAUUUAAUCAAAAUUAACUAUAUUUAGAGUAAAAUAUUAUACUUGAAUUCAGAGAAAUAGAUGCAACCCAAUAUAUCACUGUAAUAAAUAAAUCGAUUGUUGAUCCAAAAAUAACCAAACCGACUAGAUAUAUCCAAAUCAUAUAAUAUUAUCAAUCUAAAUUAAACAUAUAGAUUAUAAAUUGUUAAAACUAAAAGUAAAUAUAAAUUAAUUAUAAUAUUUUAACUCUAUAAAUAUUUAUACUUGUGCAUGAUAUUAAAAUCAUAUUAUUAUAAUAAAAAGUAAAGUUAUUAAUUUAAUAUAAUUAAUAAUAAUAUUAUACUUAUUUAGAUAAAUUAUAGUUUUAGUAAGAUUAUGUAUGAAGAUGAAUAUUAUAUAUAUAUAUAUAUUCAUCCGAUUUCUAUAUCUAUGUAGAUAUAUAUUAGUGGUUAAAAAACAAAUUCUGCAAAAAAUAAUAAUUUUAAAUUCUUAUACAUAUAAUUAUGAUACUGGUUGGUUAGUGAAUAUACUGUUAGUUAAGAAGUUUAUAUAUAUUUAUAAUUAUAUAUAUAUAUAUAUAUAUACAUAUAUAUAUAUAUAUAAGCUAACAAUGAUCGGUCGACGUUGUUGGUGUAUACAGCUUAUGGGUUAAAUCAUUCAGAGACCCCAUACAAGAUAUCGCUUGUAGGUUGGCGAACCCACGAGUUAAGGUUAAGGCAGAGUUUGGUUCAGUUUUUUUGGGGUCAAGUAUAGAGCUUUAUAUGAAAAAUCUUUAGUCAUCUACACGCAAGAUAGAUGUGUGUUAAUUUACUUUGGAUAUAUCUUGGUGUAUUUUAUUUCUAUAUUUAUUUUGCUAUUUCUCAUUGUUUAGAAUUCUUUGUCUAGAAAGUUUACUUAUAAUACAGUCGACAAAAAAAAAGAAACAAGUACUUUAUAUAUGUCCAUAUAGAUAAUUUGAAGAGGUGGUUGUUAAAAAAAAAGAUAAUUUAAACAAGUAAA